CUCUCCUAUUGAGGAAUCUAAUAGUAAGUCGAAUCGAGUAUAAUAUUUACCAUAUCAUUAUAUUCUAACUUCAUUAUUUUAUUAUUGUAGUCGACAGUUUACUUAGCAAGAUAUCAUUAGGAUCAACAGAUCAAGAAAAUACCAUAGGCUCUGGAUUCGACAAAUACCAACAACAACACCAACGAAGAAAUUGAGCAUCAAUGACUGUGACUGGAUACUAUAUACAGCAUAUACGCAUUUACAUAUAUAUAUACGCAUAUCUAUAUAUCUAUAUAUCUCUUAGACUUUUUUUUUUUUACUUUAUUUUAUAUAUUUUAUAUUAUCGAACAUGUUUGUCUCUUAUUAUUUUUAUUCUUAUUUCCACUUCUUUCCCCUUCUAUCUGUGCUUGUUUUGAUUAAAUGAUGACAUGCCUCCCAUCAUCUCACUUCGUUAUAUUUGAAUCACACAGCAAAAAAAAAAAAAAAAAAAAAAA